GUUAUUUUGAAGAAUCUUUCAUUUGAGAAAAUUGAGAUGUUGAGUCAAUUCUCUUGGCUGUUGCAGUAUUUGACACGUAUGACAUCAUUGCCUCAAGGCCUUUUACUAUAAGUCCCAUCCGGAGGAGAAGUCCGGACAUGACCAAGUCCCGCACGACGAAGUCCGAGCAGACUUUAAGGAUCAGAGAGCACGACUUCACCAUGAGGCCUGGCUUCGGGGGGCCCCCAAUUCCAGUUGGCGUUGAUGUACAAGUUGAAAGUCUCGACACGAUUUCUGAAGUUGAUAUGGACUUCACCAUGACCCUGUACCUGCGGCACUAUUGGAAAGACGAGCGGCUGACCUUUCCCAGCACCAACAAUCAGAGUUUAACAUUCGACAGCCGGCUGCUGAAGAAGAUCUGGGUCCCCGACAUCUUCUUCGUCCACUCAAAGAGGUCCUUCAUCCAUGCCACCACCACAGAUAACGUCAUGCUGCGAGUGUGUCCCGACGGCAGCGUCCUCUACAGCCUGAGGGUUACAGUCACCGCCAUGUGCAACAUGGACCUCAGCCACUUCCCCCUAGACACACAGACGUGCUCCCUGGAGAUCGAAAGCUAUGCCUACACCGAUGAAGACCUGAUGCUCUACUGGAAGAAGGGCAAUGAUUCCCUCAGGAUAGACGAUAAGAUCUCACUCUCCCAGUUUCUCAUCCAGAAGUUCCACACCAGCACCAAGCUGGCGUUUUACAGCAGCACAGGCUGGUACAAUCGGCUGUACAUCAGCUUCACCCUGCGUCGCCACAUCUUCUUCUUCCUGCUGCAGACCUACUUUCCAGCCACGCUGAUGGUCAUGCUCUCCUGGGUGUCCUUCUGGAUUGACCGCCGGGCCGUCCCUGCCAGAGUCCCGCUGGGCAUCACCACGGUGCUCACCAUGUCCACCAUCAUCACCGGAGUCAACGCCUCCAUGCCGAAGGUCUCCUACAUCAAAGCCGUCGAUAUUUACCUGUGGGUCAGCUUCGUCUUCGUCUUCCUGUCCGUGAUAGAAUACGCUGCUGUCAACUACCUGACCACCGUGCGGGAACGCAGGUUGCCCUGCACUUGCGGUCUGGCCCACCCUGAUCAGGUGAUGCCGUGCAGCAGAUAUGGUAGCAUGGACAUCAGCACGGCGAGGAGCUACGGCACUGUGGAGGAGGACAGGGACACGCGUCAGAGAAUCUUAGUGCGGCUGGCCCUAGGGGGCGACGGCAGGACCAUGUGCCUGGCAAAAUCGGCGCUUUGGAUCGACACACAUUCCAUAGACAAGUACUCUCGCAUCGUCUUCCCUGGGGCCUACGCCCUUUUCAACAUGAUCUAUUGGUCUGUCUAUAGCUAACAGCUACCCGAUGGACAGAAAGUACCUUUU